UUGAACAACGGACUCAUGCUGUAACUUGCUGUAGGAUCUAUAGCUCCAUCUUAAGUAAAAUUUCCGUUAGCACCGUAUGUCAAAGUCAAACCAGAAUCAGUUAUGCUAGAAUGAACCACAUUUUAGAGCGCUAUGCAAUACAGGAAAGCCUGCCUGAAGUUAAACAUCAGAUAUUAAUCAUGUGACCAGUAAGCAUGAUUUCUUCCUGUGAUAGGCUAUUCAUUUUUAGGGGGCUCAGGUUCAAUUUGUGUUUUUUUUAAAUUUUUUAAAUUUUUUUAAAAACAAUUUCUGUGCUAACAUUUCCAAACCCCGGAAUAACUCCCCCCACUUUAAAGUUUUAUAUUCAUAUGCUCUAUAUAUUCCCACACAUACAGUAAAUACUCUUACUUAGUAAUAAGAAACAAACAUUACAUUCAAUGCCUGUUAGGUUUUUCAUAUUGUCCUCUACCACAAGUAGUACACUGGUCAAAAUAUGUAUGUUAAAAUAUUAGUUGAAACAAUCAAACUGAUGUACAAUGGAUAUAAAGUCUACAUACCCCUGUUAAAAUGGCAGGUUUUUGUGAUGUAUAUAAUAAAAUAAAUCAUAUCAAUUAAUCAAGUAAAAUAAAUCAUGUCAGAACUUUUUCCACCCUCAAUGUGAAAUUACAAUGGAUAAAAAAUUAAGUGGAAAAACAACCAGAAACAAUUUAGGAGGAAAAACAGGAAAAAUAAAAAAGUUAUAAUAACCUUGUUGUGUAAGUGUGAACACCUUUGUUCACAAUGAACCAAUCACAUUCAAUCUCAUGUUCAAAAGUAAUUAUCAUACAGCUGUCAUCAGUGAAGUUAUUUUGAUUAACCCCAAAUAAAGACCAGCUGUUUCUGUAGGAUUUUCUUCACAUCACCACAGUGACAUUACCAAUAACAGGGCAUCCCUCCAAAAUUUACAACAGUUCAAGACAAAAGCUUACCAGGGAGGCUGCCAAGAAACCUACGGCAACAUUAAAGGAGCUGCAGGAAUAUCUGACAAGUACUGAUUACUCUCUGCAUGUGAUAACAAUCUCUCAUAUUCUUCACAUGUCUGGGCUACGGGGUAGGCUGGCUAUAUGGAAGCCUUUUCUCACAAAAAACAUCCAAGCCCAACUAAAUCACCAAAACCAUGUGACAAAAUGUGUUAUGGUCUGAUGAGACCAAUUCCAAAAGGUAUAAUAAUUCCAAAAGGUGUUUGGUGCAAAAAAAAUAAAAAGUACAUCCCCACGGUGAAGCAUGGUGGUGGCAGCAUCAUGCUUUAGGGCUUUUCUUCAGCUAGAACUGGGGCUUUUAUCAAGGUGGAGGGAAUCAUGAAUAGCUACAAAUACCAAUCAAUUUUAGUGCAAAACCUUCAGGUGUCUGCUUGUAGCUGAAGAUGAAGGAAUUUCCCCUUUUAGCACGACAACGACCCGAAGCAUACAUCCAAAUCAACAAAGGAACGGCUUAACCAACAGAUCAAUGUUUUUGAAUGGCCUAGCCAGAGCCCAGACCUGAAUCCAGCUAAAAAUCUGUGAGGUGACCUGAAGCGGGCUAUGCACAGGAGACGCCCUUACAAUUUGAUGGAUCUAGAAUGUUUUUGCAAGAAACAGUGAGAAAAUAUCGAAUAAGUCUUUUAAAAAUAAUUCAAGAUGAGCCAUGCUGAUAGACUCUUAGCCAAAAAGCCUGAGUGGUUUAAUAAAAUCAAAAGGUGCUUCAAUAAAAUAUUACCUUAGAGGUGUGCAGGUUAUUGUGUUUUUUAGUUUUCCUAUUUUUUCCUAAAAAGUGUCUCAUUGUUUUUCACUUAAUUUUUAUAUGUUGUAAUUUCACACUGAGGGUGGAAAAAGUUCUGACAUGAUUUAUCUUGGUUUCAUUGUUUUUUUUUUUACAUCACAAAACCCUGCCAGUGUACCAGGCGUGUGGAGACUUUUUAUAUCCACUGGAUGUGAUAUAAAUGUGCGCCUUUAUUCCACGUGCCACUGAGAGGUUUGCUGCUAUUUGUUUUCAUCUUUGCCUUUUUCUUCCACUCUUUGGAACCUGUAAAACUUUUGCACCUAAUUAUAUAUGCAAGCCAUCGAAAGUAAGAGAAAUAAAUAAACAAAUCUCAGCGCGAUGCUUUUGCACACUUCCCCAAUUAGGGCACGGAUCGACGUCAAUUUGCUAUAAUAAGUCGAGCUGUGCGCGGUACAGCCGGCUCAGUGCAAGGCGCGCGCACUGCCGCUUCAUUAACGCGCGCGCUGUAAUCAAGGGGGAAAAAAAAAGGAAAAAAAAAAAAAAAAAAAAGCAACUUUGGCACGCUUCGAAGCAGCCGAGUGGAUCAGCGUGAUGCACCUGCAGCACUGCACUCCGCCAUCGGCCAGAAAUGCGGCCAGCGACUUUCCUGACGAGUUGCUCGCCGAGCACCACCCCGCGCCGUCCUCCGGCGCCGCCCCAGGGAACCACCCGGCUCUAACAAAACUCCCCGCCGAGCUGACCAGCGAAGAAGACGAGAGGAGCGAGCUCGCGCCCGCGCGCGACACCGGCACUGGGUCCGACGCGCAGCGCGCUUUGGAUGGGAGCCACGCGGAGAAGCGACACGUGCCUGAGCCGAGCCGAGCGCGCACCACCGCCGCCAUCUCCUCCUCGUCCUCCGCGACCAUGUUCUCAUACGCGGCGCAGCACGGACACACGCUGCCGCCUUUCUCCAUAAGCAAUCCGGGUCACUUCGUGGCGCAUCACGCCGUCAUUCCAAACGGGCCGUAUGACGGAGUUCUGUCCGGUGCGCCUAGACAGAACUACACGAGCGCCAGUUACCCGUACGCGCAGGCGUACAGUCAGGCGUACCAGAGCGGCGCGUUGUACCCGCUCUCCCCGGCGCACGCGGGACUCAUGGCCGCCAAAGGGCAAGUGUAUCUCUGCAACCGCGCGCUCUGGCUCAAAUUUCACCGACACCAGACCGAGAUGAUCAUCACCAAGCAAGGGCGACGCAUGUUUCCCUUCCUAAGCUUCAACAUUUCUGGACUUGACCCGACGGCUCAUUAUAAUAUUUUUGUGGACGUUAUUCUGGCGGAUCCGAACCACUGGCGCUUCCAGGGAGGAAAGUGGGUCCCGUGCGGAAAAGCGGACACCAAUGUAACAGGAAACAGAGUGUACAUGCACCCGGACUCUCCAAACACAGGAGCGCACUGGAUGCGUCAGGAGAUUUCAUUUGGUAAACUUAAGUUAACAAACAACAAAGGAGCUUCCAACAACAGUGGCCAGAUGGUCGUCCUGCAGUCGCUGCAUAAGUACCAGCCCCGAGUGCACUUGGUGGAGGUGAAUGAAGACGGGACAGAAGACUCGAGCCGAUCGGACCGUGUGCACACGUUCACCUUCCCGGAAACGCAGUUCAUAGCAGUCACUGCAUACCAGAACACGGAUAUCACCCAGCUGAAAAUCGACCAUAAUCCAUUCGCUAAAGGAUUCCGGGAUAAUUAUGACACGAUCUACACGGCGUGUGACAGUGAGCGCCUGAGCCCGUCCUCUGCUGACUCCCAGCGCGCACAGCUGAUGCCGGCCAGGUACACGGCGGCGAGCUCGCUCCUUCACGACCAGUUCGUCGGCCAUUAUUCGGGUCCCGGAGGGAGCGUGGAGCGCGCGCUCCCGUUCACUAACAGCCUGGUAGGCUCGGAGCAAGCCGAGGACAGAUGGUUUAAUAACAGAUUAGAUUUUCCCGCUUCGACUUACGACGCAGCUGAUCUGACUGGCAGCCUGCCCUCCUUGCUGCCCUAUCCUGCCGCUGCAGGGGUCAAAGGUCAGACGCUUUCCGCUACCCCGACUUCUGGGCGCGCGCUUACUGCCUACUGCGCCGCGCAGGCGGGCUGGGAGUCGCGCGGUGCGGGGCUGCCGAGCUGGAUCACGGACACCAGCUUUGAGCGCUCCUACCUGUCCGAAGACGGGAGCACGGAGAAGGACGCCACCGCACCGGAGGUGCCCGACGCGAGCAAAGACAAGGACGCACCGGAUUCGGGCUGGACAGAAACUCCGUCUUCGGUGAAAUCAGUGGAUUCAGGCGACUCGGGGAUUUUUGAGCAGGCUAAAAGGAAGAGGAUGUCACCGCCGGUGCCUGAGGAGCACUCACCGCUCAAAACAGAGCUCCUGAGCGCACAGGACGGAGCCCGGAAUAUGAACUACUUCACUUUCUAUUCUCAGAGUUAAACACACAGCAUGCGGGGUGGACCAGCUGCUCCACCAGACUUCUUUUUGUUUUGACCUUAUUUAUUUAUUUACUUAUUUAUUGAUUGAUUAGGUCGGGGUGGUGGGUGUCAGAGAACAUGAUCCUGAGCAAGCACAUUAGGCCAUUUGACUUCACAACCCCUUCUGACUGAAGCCAUAGUUUAUACAAAUCAAACCUGAUGCUGUUUCUGUACAUUUCAUUAGGCCUAAUGAAUUUAGUGGGGUGGGUGCAGGGGGUCAGAGAGAAUGAUCCUGAUCCUGGACAAACACAUUACACCAUUCGGAAAAGCUCAUGAGGCUGUAGCCAUGGUCUGAGAGCCAAACAUUCAAAAAAGAAAAACAUAUUUCAAAAUACUGAAAUAAACUGAGUGUAAACUAACUGAAUGUAAUCAGUGUCUAGAGUGUAGACAGAGUAGUUUCAUGGUAAUUAACCUCAACUUCCCUUGCAAAAAAAUAUAUAUAUUAUAGAUAUAUAGAUAUAUAUUCUAUAGCCUAUUUUAUCCUACUAAAUGGGCUAUUUAGUCAUAUUAAUUGUAGUUAAUGGACGUAAUUAAAUUCAACAUAUCCAGUCAAGAUAUUCAGUCAGUUGUGGAUGCCAAGUAUUGUAAUUGUUUUUUUUUUUUUUCCUUUUUUUUCAGGAUACAAUUCCCCUCUCCAUCAGACUUCAGUAGCCUAAUGUGUAGUAGGUUAUAGGCAGUCCUCCCCUUCAGUGGCAUAGAUAAAAAUAAUAAUAAUAAUAAUAAUAAAAAAAACUUUCCAGAUGAGUAUUAAAGUGGGUCAGUACUGAAUUGUGAAAAUCUGAGUGUGCUUUAAAAACGUGAAUUAAAAACAGAACGUCUUGUCGAGUUGACUUUUUAAGCCUUGUUUAUUUCAAUGCUGCCACCUAGCGGCAGGUCGGUGUUCUGCUGCUCAGAGUUAAU